AUGACCCCACUCCAGGGGGCUGGCGCCGGGGCCUUCCUCUUCCCAGCAUCCUCUAGGAGUCUGGAGGUGGUUCAGCAUCAUUCUGUAGCCACCAGCCCCAUGACCCCACCCCAGGGGGCCAGCGCCGACGCCUUCCCCUUCCCAGCAUCCUCUAGGAGUCUGGAGGUGGUUCAGCAUCAUUCUGUAGCCACCAGCCCCAUGACCCCACCCCAGGGGGCCAGCGCCGACGCCUUCCCCUUCCCAGCAUCCUCUAGGAGUCUGGAGGUGGUUCAGCAUCACUCUGUAGCCACCAGCCCCAUGACCCCACCUCAGGGGGCCAGCGCUGACGCCUUCCCCUUCCCAGCAUCCUCUAGGAUUCUGGAGGUGGUUCAGCAUCACUCUGUAGCCACCAGCCCCAUGACCCCACCCCAGGGGGCUGGUGCCGACGCCUUCCCCUUCCCAGCAUCCUCUAGGAGUCUGGAGGUGGUUCAACACCACUCUGUAGCCACCAGCCCAAUGACCCCACCCCAGGGGGCUGGCGCCGGGGCUUUCAUCUUCCCAGCAUCCUGUAGGGGGCCGGGUGCGGAGACUAAGGAUGCAGAGCUGCAGUUGGGCCGCCAGGUGGAGUUCCGCUCUGUCGCCACGGCACCCAUGACUCCAAAAAACCCCAACAGCCCCACCGUCCCCGCUGCCUUCCCAGAGCUCAGCAGGAGAGAAGGGGAGGACAGGAAGGAGAAAGAGGGGAGGGACGAGAGGGAAACUACAACUAAAUGUGAGUCAGAGCCUGUUGUAGUUACUCCUCGUCUGGUGUUAGCCCCCGUACUGAAAUGUAGCGCUCCGAACGAGGAGGUGGCUGAAGAGACAAAGUCUCAGUCCAACAUGCCUCUAGAUAGCUCCGCUUACUCAGACCCUCAGAUUGAAAGACUCUGUCACAACCACGCUGAUGAACCGGAACCAGUGUCGGUUAAAAGGAGAGGGCAACAUGGGGCGACUGGGGACGCUGUCCAUCAAGAGGUCACCAUUCUGGUGACCCAGCAUGACAGCGUCGGAGUUGAGGAAGAAGAGGAGGAGGAAGAAGAGGAGGAGGAGGAGAGAAGGGAGGAGAUGAUGUCAUGUAUUCACUCCACUGAGCCUGAAGGGUCUGAAGGGUCUGUGGAGGGAGACAACAGUGAGGGGGUGAACGUUGUUCCUCCGGUGCCCCAAAACAGCCUGGAUGAUGGGAGGAGUGACGACACAGCUCAACCCAAAACCACAGGGACCGUCAUGAACCCACGCUCACACGGAAACAGACAGGAAGAUUCUCUCCCUCCUUCCGGUGAAGACAUUCAAACAGACACAAAGCAGAAGACAUCACCACAAUCCCUGACUAAAAACAAGCACCCUGAACAAAUAGGAGAGGAAGCGAAGCUCUGCUUUAGUGAGGAGCAAACCAACCAGACUGAACAGCGCAGCCAAGUGGACAGGAGUGGAACUCCCCAACCCAACCAGACAGAACAGCGCAGCCUAGUGGACAGGAGUGGAUCUCCCCAACCCAACCAGACAGAACAGCGCAGCCUAGUGGACAGGAGUGGAACUCCCCAACCCAACCAGACAGAACAGUUCCAGCGCCCUCUAGUUGGCCCUCCAGUCCCUGCCUCCCUGGCUCGGCAGCAGCAGCACAUGAUGACCCAGGUUAGUCUAGAGGUGGUUCAGCAUCACUCUGUAGCCACCAGCCCCAUGACCCCACCUCAGGGGGUCGGCGCUGACGCCUUCCUCUUCCCAGCAUCCUCUAGGAGUCUGGAGGUGGUUCAGCAUCACUCUGUAGCCACCAGCCCCAUGACCCCACCUCAGGGGGUCGGCGCUGACGCCUUCCUCUUCCCAGCAUCCUCUAGGAGUCUAGAGGUGGUUCAGCAUCACUCUGUAGCCACCAGCCCCAUGACCCCACCUCAGGGGGUCGGCGCUGACGCCUUCCUCUUCCCAGCAUCCUCUAGGAGUCUGGAGGUGGUUCAGCAUUACUCUGUAGCCACCAGCCCCAUGACCCCACCUCAGGGGGUCGGCGCUGACGCCUUCCUCUUCCCAGCAUCCUCUAGGAGUCUGGAGGUGGUUCAGCAUCACUCUGUAGCCACCAGCCCCAUGACCCCACCCCAGGGGGCCAGCGCCGACGCCUUCCCCUUCCCAGCAUCCUCUAGGAGUCUGGACGUGGUUCAGCAUCACUCUGUAGCCACCAGCCCCAUGACCCCACCCCAGGGGGCCGGCGCCGACACCUUCCUCUUCCCAGCAUCCUCUAGGAGGAAGGGGGCGGAGACUAAGGACGCUGAGCUGCAGGUGGGCCGGCAGGUGGAGUUCCGUUCUGUCUCCACGGCACCCAUGACUCCAAAAACGGCCCCCACCGCCCCCGCAGCCUUCCCAGAGCUCAGCGGGAGAGAGGGGGAGGAGAGGAAAGAGGAGAGAAAGGUGGAGGAGAGUACGAACGAGAAGAACGGGGGGAGAACAGAAGAGAAAACUGAAGCAAAAGCAAAGGAGGAGGUAAAGGAGGGUGAGGAGCAGACAAAGGAAGAGGAGAGGUUGGACGAGGUGGUGCAGGAGGUACGGUGGGACGAGAAGGGGAUGACGUGGGAGGUGUAUGGGGCAGUAGUAGAGGUAGCCGUCCUGGGCUCAGCCAUACAGAAACACCUGGAGAAACAGGUUGGGAAGCUCAGGAAGCAUCCCUCCCCUGCCCUGCCUCCCCCUCCUCCCCUCAACCCAACCGCCAUGCCCCUCCUUCCCCCCCCUCCCCUCAACCCAACCGCCAUGCCCCUGCCUCCCCCUCCUCCCCUCAACCCAACCGCCAUGCCCCUGCCUCCCCAUCCUCCCCUCAACCCAACCGCAAUGCCCCUGCCUCCCCCUACCCCUCCUCCCCUCAACCCAACCGCCAUGCCCCUGCCCUCCACCCCUCCUCCAGCCUCUGGGGCCACCCAGGGAUUGUCAGGUAAGGGCUCGGCCAGGAAGAGAGGCGAGCGGGACGGGAAGAGAGGCAGGCGCCGGAGGAAUCCUUUCCGUUUGCUGUUGAAGAACAUGCAGCCCCCCAACUGUUGCUCCCGAGCUCAUUCCACUGAGUGA